UUUUCUUUCCAUGCACGAAUGCAUAAGAAUAUUUGUUUUGCAUGAUACUUUUAUCCAAAUUAUUCAUACUCAUCGUCAAUAUUAUAAUUUUCUUUGUUUUUAUUUUUAAGGAAAAGAAUGAAAUUACACGACUGCAGAUUUAAUUAAUUUUUAAAUUAAGAAUAAUGAAACAUCCCCUUGCAAUAUACUUUUUUCAUAACAGCUUUGUUACAUUAACACGUUGACUGUCACAGUAAUAGUUAAAAAACUUUAAUAAUUAAUUUAUUAAUGACCCACCAUAGCAAUCAACGUGUUAGUAAAGAAAUGAUCAAUCUCAUUUUGUUAACAAGUAUCAUCUCAUUUUCUUUGAAUUUCGUUCGAACAUUAUAAUUGCCUGAUAUAAUUUUGACAUUCUAUAGAAACAAUUAACUAUAAAACCAUUUAUAGACAUUUUCUAACUAAUUAACAAUAUCAUCCGCAUAUUUUAGGAUCUCGUAAUCUAUCAGGAAACCGUAAUGAUUUCUAUGACGAUUUGGAUUUCAUAUACGACCGAGACUUGCAAGAUGAUAUCGAAGAUGAAUUUGUUUCAACUCAUCGACGUUAUAAGGAACGCGCUGCCGCUGCUUUUGCCGAAGAUAUGGCUGAUAUAAGACGCAAACGAAGAGAUAUGCAGGAUCGUAUAUUCGAUGUAAUUGAUUUAAACGCUGAAAUCGAGAAAGCCAAGAGCACAUUGGAGGCAGCGGACGUUGCAUUUCAACGACACGCCACGAAAUUUGAUAACACCUACGAUUACGAUGACGUGUCAUCGAGAAAAGUAUUGAGCAUGGAAAGUGCAGAAAAAGCACCGCCAAAAACGAUUAAAUUUGUCAAAGUACCGAACGUCGAUAUGGAAUCUUGCAUACCGCAGUCUAUAAUACCAAGACACGACAGAAUCAGUUCGUUAAUAGAAUCGGCUGAGAUUGUAAAUCCAAUGAACAGUUAUGCAUUACAACCAUUGAAAAAGAAAUUCUUGAAAAGAAAGAAAAGCGUUUCGUUUUAAAACUUUCGAAUUAAAACGAACAUCUUGACACUUUCGCUACUAUGUACACUCUUAUCCAAUUUUAUUAUUUUAAUAAAUCUGUCAAAGAAAAUUAUUUAAUAAUAUUUUAGAAUUAAAUAAGAGCGUUAAGUUAAUAUUUAAAAUCUCAUACCUGAAGAGAAAUAUUAUUGAAUAUCUACUUUGUUUUAAUUUGAGUGCACCUUUUGAUUUAUCCUAAAAUAGUAAUGUAGCAGAGAUAUUAUUACUACUACUAUUACUAUUUUUAUAUAUAUAUAUAAUGUAUGUAUUAUAUUGUAUAUUUCCUGUUUGAAAUACAGAUUAUGUAUAGUGAUACCUUUUCCAAUUUUAUUAUUCUAUAUACAG